AUGACGUGGCAACAUAAAGCUAUCAAGACAGAGGUUGUUAAAGGUGUGGGCAAAUUAGGUAAUGAAGACGUCAAGGCUGUCGAGGAGAUGAGUGGACGGAUAGUCAACCAGCCGCUAGAAGAGAAGAAAAAAUGCCGUACCUGGCAAGACUGGGGCAUCCAUCAUCCGGCUCCCGGUCAAAACAGACCAUCCUCCAAAUCUAUUAGCUCUCUAACUGACUCUUUUUGCCCGGGCCAUCAUUGA